AUGGCACCGAAGGAUUGCCUGUUCGAGCUUCUCGAGAAGUCGAAGAGUGAGAAACAUGAGCAAGAUUUUAUGCAUCGAGAUACGAAGAAUGCAGAGAGCAAUGCGGGAGACAAUAAGCUGGUUAGCCAAGUGAUCACUGUCAAAGUCACUCUGUUACUCCAUUCUUCGUCUUCAUACAUCCAUCACAGCCAGCUUUUCACAGCCGUAACAAUCAUUAUGAUCUAUGAGAGAGGAUUGACCCUCGACUUGACCGACGUCUAG